GACAUGGCGGCUCUCAUGUAGCCAGAACUUCAUGGCGGAGUUGAAAUUGAGUUUGUCCUAAAAAUACUCCAUGAUAUUAUCCUUUGGAUGUUGUUUCAAAAUGCCGACUAUAUAAAAGGCUCACGGCCUUGUUGGGUCCCGUUAUCGUCCAUAUCCAUAUCCAAUCUCAAUUACAGUAUACCGGCUGUGCAUAUCUCUAACAGUCAUGUCUGCUACGACGACCAUAGCCAACAGUGUCUCCACCAGUGCAUCUGCAGAAUCAUCAUGUAUCAACGUCACACCAGAUAAAAAUGGUUAUGUGCCCGAAUGGGCUUGCAAUGCCAACUACAAUUUUAAUCCAUCGUUUGCCGCAGCAGUUAUCUUCACGUUACUUUUCUUCGUCGUUACAAUAGUCCAUAUCUUCCAGGCAUUUUACCACAAGAAGCUAAGACUAUGUUGGGUAUUGAUUAUGGGGUGUAUGUGGGAAUUUACGAGUUUUGCGAUACGCUCAGCUAGUACAAAAAUGCAACAAAAUGUUGCUCUGGUCACUGUCUCUCAAAUUUUGGUUCUACUUGCCCCUAUGUGGGUCAAUGCCUUUAUAUAUAUGGUUCUGGGUCGAAUGAUUUACUUCUUCGUUCCAGGUCAGAAAGUUUGGGGUAUCAAAGGUAUUCAGAUAGCCAAGAUCUUUGUAUGGCUUGAUGUGCUAUCUUUCAUAACACAACUUGUGGGUGGUGUACUAAUAUCUCCCGACGCGGAUCCAACUAUCUUAAUGGCCGGUAUCCAUAUCUACAUGGGCGGUAUUGGAUUCCAAGAAUUUUGCAUUCUGAUUUUCACAGCCAUCGCCAUCAAAUUUAUGUUCAUCAUGCAACAACGUGAAAGAUCUAUGGGAGUUAGUGCCAAUCAAAUACUAGAUCAGAGACAUCGAGGUUGGAGACCUCUUUUGUAUACCAUGUUUAUGUCUCUCGCACUAAUAACUACCCGAAUUAUCUACCGCUUGGUAGAAUUUUCAGCUGGUCUCGAUCCAAGCAAGAAUCCAAUACCAUAUCAUGAAUGGUAUUUCAUGGUCCUUGAUGCUUUGCCUAUGUUGAUUGCAGUUGCAUUAAUGAACGUUGUUCAUCCUGGUAGAAUAUUGGUCGGUGAAGGAAGUGAGUUUCCUCGAUUGUCAAGAAGAGAAAAGAAGGAAAUGAAAAGGCUGCAGAAGAUGGAGAAGGAAGCUGCAAGAAAUGAAAAGAAAGCAAUUAAGAUGGGGAAGAAAGACAAUAUUAUCUAUAUCGGUUUGGACGAACCGGCGAGUACUCCUCCUGGUUAUUCCGAAUAUACCAGCUAUCCAGGUUAUAAUCAUGGGUAUCGAUAGUGGGAAUUUUGGAAGAGAUGAUUCUGUAAAUAUGAAAAUUAUUAGCUGUUGCACACUGGAGUGGUCGCCUCCUCCCGUGAAAAGUUGAAAGUGUCGGUGGUCUUGUGUUUGGAGACAACACGUGUAUAUUCAUCGGCAAAGUUCCGAUGAUUCCACGACAUAAAUCAUGAAUCUAUCUUUUGGGGCUGCAACGACAGUCAAAAAUAUUACUUGAAUCUACUUAUUAAAUUGCAUUCA